UCCCCCCCCCAAGUUUCGCUUCGGUCCUUGCGCAUCCCCCCCCCCCACUGGAAGGGCCGGCGGCUGGGGGGGAGCGGGGGCGGUGGGCGCCCGGGGGGGGCGAGGGCAGAAAAGCCCCGCUCGACACCAUGGCGUCCAGCUAUGCCCACGCCAUGGAGAGGCAGGCCCUCUUGCCCGCCCGCCUCGACGGCCCCGCCGGCCUGGACAAUUUACAAGCCAAGAAGAACUUCUCCGUGAGUCACCUGCUGGACCUGGAGGAGGCGGGUGACAUGGUGGCUGCCCAGGCCGACGAGGGCGGCGGAGAGCCCGGCCGGAGCUUGUUGGAGUCCCCCGGGCUGACCAGCGGCAGCGACACUCCGCAGCAGGACAAUGAUCAGCUAAACUCAGAGGAGAAGAAGAAAAGAAAGCAGAGAAGGAACAGGACUACCUUCAACAGCAGCCAGCUCCAGGCACUAGAGAGGGUCUUUGAGAGGACACACUACCCUGAUGCCUUUGUACGGGAAGACCUUGCACGCAGAGUCAACCUCACUGAAGCCAGAGUUCAGGUGUGGUUCCAGAACCGCAGAGCCAAGUUCCGCCGGAACGAGAGGGCAAUGCUGGCCAGCAAGAAUGCCUCUCUGCUCAAAUCCUACUCAGGGGAUGUGACCGCCGUGGAGCAGCCCAUCGUACCUCGCCCAGCUCCGAGACCCACCGACUAUCUCUCCUGGGGCACUGCCUCCCCUUACAGUGCCAUGGCCACCUACUCUGCCACGUGUACCAACGCCAGCCCAGCACAGGGCAUGAAUAUGGCCAACAGUAUUGCCAACCUGAGACUGAAGGCAAAGGAAUAUAGUUUACAGAGGAAUCAAGUGCCCACAGUUAAUUAACAACUGGGGGCAGCUGCCUUGCAGAAGGAGAAGAUACAGCAGCACCCAUCCUGCUUUGCAACUUGUUUGUGCUAAAAAAAUA